CUUCGUCUCCCCCCGUCCGCCCCCGGUUUUGGCUUCUCUCCGGGCGGAUUCCUCGUCGUCUUCAUACGAGGAGGGAUGGACGCCCCGCCGAUACUCGCCAAUAUAUACCCGCCCCGUCCCCCGACCCGGCCUCCACACUCGACCCCACCCCCGCCCCCGCCCUCGCCGCCGACGACCCCCUCCUCCUCCGCAGCGGCGACCCGAGAUCCGCCCUUCCCCGACGACCAUGCCGGUGGCGCAGGCGGGAGGGCAACCCGUGGCCGCGGACACCGCCUCGUCCCGCAGGAACCGCCGCCGCAACAAGAAGUCCUCCAACGCCAGCGCCAACGCCGCGGCCCCCGUGGUCGCUGUUCCGGCGCCGGUGCCGCCCACGCCGAUGCAGCGCCUCUUCGACACCAGCCGCGAGGUCUUCGCCGGCUCCGCCCCCGGCUUCGUCCCCCCGCCCGACGCCGUCGCCCGCCUCGCCGCAAUCCUCAAUGGCCUGAAGCUGCAAGAUGUUGGCAUAGACACAAGCAUGACGUGCUUCAAGCGCAGCGAGCCGAGGGGGCCUCCUGCAGUCACCUAUCUGCAUUUCUAUGACUGCCCCAAGUUUUCGUUUGGUAUCUUCUGUUUACCAAAGCAUGCUAUCAUUCCUCUGCACAACCAUCCCGGGAUGACCGUCUUCAGCAAGAUGCUCUUCGGCUCCAUGCACCUCAAGUCGUAUGACUGGGCUAGGAGUAUCUCGGAGGCUGGCACUACUGCGCUCACCACCUCAGACGGGGCUCGUCUAGCAAAGAUCAACACAAACAAUGUUGUUGACGCCUCAGCUGAUACCAUAGUUCUGUACCCGGAGAACGGAGGCAACCUGCACUGCUUCACGGCGCUGACCCCUUGCGCUGUUCUCGACGUCAUGGGACCCCCUUACAGCAGCGCUGCUGGCAGGGACUGUGCGUACUACAGCGAGACCCCCUUCUCAAACACAGCUGGUGUGGCUGACGUGCGGUACUCCUGGCUCAAGGAGAUUCCCAAUACCUUCCGGAUGAAGGGCGUAACGAUGCCGCGGGACUUCGUCGUCUAGGAACCUGCAUGCUGAAGGGCGCUCCCGCCGUCUAGCUUCUUUGUGUAGAUAACAGUUGUAACCUGCGAAAGGCAGGUAGUCAGUCAGUUGUCAGUCGGUCCAACCUAGCUCUCAGGCUAGCAAACUCUUUUUUUUUACCCUUACCCGUUCGUCGGGGUUGAAACUAUCUCAUGUCGUCUGUCA